CAUACAGCCAGCACACGUAACACAACAAUACAUAUACAAUAUAUACAAAGCUAAAGAAAAACAAUAAGAAUAUGCAGAGCAACAUGGCCAUAUUCGUUGAUAAGAAGACCAUGAUGGUCAACAGUCGUCGCUUAACAGACUACGAAAAAAGCGAAAGAUCCUCGACUUAUCACUGCGACGAGCUAGAGGGCGAAGAGUGCACGGACUCGCGCACGAGCUUUACAACGCAGCUAUCGCGCACCACGCUGAUGCUGUUGGACUAUGCGCAGUUCAAGGCAGCGCGUACGAUUCAAGCGAACUGGCGCUGCUUCUAUGCGCGCCGAUCGUUUCGCAAGCGCGUGGGCGCAGCCAUCACCAUACAGCGCUGGUGGCGUGGAUUUCGCGUGCGCCAGACCUACUUCAACUUUGUGGAGCAGAAGCUGCAGCGGAAGCUGCUCAGCUACUACGAUGCGUGCGCCACCAAGAUACAGGCGCUGUUCCGCGGCUGGUGGAUUCGCUCCACAGUGCAUGACAUGUACAGUCUGCGUCAGAUGCAGGUGUGUGCAGCAGCAGAUCUGCUGAAUUGCGUGGCGUACAAGCUGCACCAUUUGCUGCGCACCUACAGCAUACCGGGCGUAUACUCGUUGCGCAACUCGAACUGCUUGUCGCGCGUGGAGAAGCUGCUGGCCAGCAUGAACUUUCGCUUCCACAAUGGCCGCGUGCGCAGCAGCAUGACCAUUCGCCAGGCGACCAUUGAAUAUCAUCGCAAUACGUUUAAGAAAUCGCAGCAGUAUACGUCGGUGCCCUUUGCGGGUCCCAACUUCAAAGGCAUUUGCCAGCCGCAAUGCGAGGAGAUGCUAUUCCGCUACAAGGACAUGGACAGACGCAUGUACAAAAUAAUGGCCGAGUACGAGGAGUCGCAGCGCGAUAAUCGCAUGCGAAAUGUGCAAAUGUCCUACAUCAAUAAGCGGCGACGACGUAAGCUGGAGAAUCGCAUCAAGCAGCACGAGCUGAAGAAGCGCGACUUUUGUGGCGAUGUAAUCGCGAGCAUGCGACGCUGGAAAAUCUGGGACGACAAUAAGCUGACAAUCCCUAACGAUAUCUUUCGAAAUCCCGAGAAUCUUGAUGCGUUUGUCAACGAAAUCGAAGAGAUCUUUUCGGAAAUCAAUGGUGGCCAAUGCCACUGCCGCAUACCCGUGCACGACGAAGUCAUUUGUCAUUAAGUCUUUUGUCAUUAGGCCUUAAAUUUAUUGUAUGUAGCCAAAACUUUUUUCAUAAACAAAACAAAGCAAGCAGUUCUGUUUUUGAUAUAUAA